CGAAGCGUGCAAUGGCUGGCUCCGGCUGGUGGCGCCUACGAGCACCAGUUCUAGGAGAAGGAGAAGUCGAAGAGUCGGAGGAGGAGCCGGAGGAGGGGUCGGUGCCGGAGCCGCCGCUCAAGCCCAAGCCCAAGCGGAAGCCCAAGCCUAAGGAGAAGGGGCCCAGAAGGGUCCCUCUCCGCCUAGAUCGGUUCGGCUUGCAGGUUAAGAAAUCAAGAUACCAAGAGGCAAAGGAUUGGUCCAAAAUCAAAAACCUAGGGCUGUACCAGCUCACCAUGGAUAUCAUUAGGAUGAACCGAGUGUGUAGAAUGUUCCGCCAAGGCCUCAGGGGACUUCGGGAAUAUCAGAUCAUUGAGACUGCUCACAGAAAGCACCCUAUCUUCUCUUUCUGGGAUAAAAAGAAACAAGGCCGAAUCACAUUUGAUACUAUGGACUUCAUUGGAGAGUCGGAGCACUUCCCUCCAAGGGCCAUUCAGAUCACGCAGAAGAAGCCCGCUUGGAGGACAGAGCGCGAGAUCCAGUCCCUCUGUAACCUCCUGCAGGUUCUGGAUAGUUACCAGAACUACUCGGAGCCCCUGCAGCUGCUCCUGGCCAAGGUCAUGCGCUUUGAACGGUUUGGUCGCAGGCGUGUGAUCAUCAGGAAGGGCCAGAGGGCCAACAGCUUUUAUUUUAUCUACCUGGGCACGGUGGCCGUGACCGAGGACGAAGAUGGCAGCAGUGCCUUCCUGGACCCCCACCCGACGUUGCUGCAAAAGGGCAGCUCUUUUGGGGAAAUGGGCUUUCUAACUUCUUCAGUGAGGAGGGCCACCGUGGUCUGUAUGGAAGAAACAGAGUUCUUGGUUGUUGACAGAGAGGAUUUCCUUGCUAAUAAACUGGACCAAGAAGUUAAAAAGGAUGCUCAGCAUCGGUUUGAAUUUUUUAGGAAGAUGGAUCUGUUUCACUCCUGGUCCGAUGAGAAGCUCUGGAAGCUCGUAAUGCUGGGGAAGAUAGAGAAGUUCUCAUAUGGGCAGCUGAUCUCAAAGGACUUUGUAGAAUCGUCUUCCAUCGUGUUUGUGUGUAAGGGCAGCUGUGAAGUACUGCAGUUGAUAGACCUUGCGACCUCGCCCUUCUACCACAAGUGGGUCUGGCAGCACCUGCAGCUGAUAGACGACAGACCUCCAAACACCCACCUCAAGGAUCUGUCUCCUGUGGAGAGAUUUAAGGAAUUCCAGAUCAAGUCAUAUCCUGUACAGGAUUUUAGUUCUCUGAAACUUCUGCAUCUCCGGAAAGCCCAGGAGCAACAGGGAUCCAGCUUCAAUAGGAAGAUUAAAACCUCAGCAAAUACUCUCCCAAAGACCUUGGGCCCAAAGAUCAAAUCCAGGUGUCCUCAUUUCAUCGAGUGUCCCAUGAUUGAUACGAAGUAUGGUGCUCUCCCCAAGGAGGCUGCAGUGGGGGCCUACGUGAAGAUUCACACUGUGGAGCAAGGAGAAGUCUUGGGCCUUCACCAGAUCCUCCUCCCGGAGAGCCAGCGUGACACUCGGCCCUUGAUCCUGGUGAGCCUGGGAGCUGAGGUGAUACGGGUUAGGAAAGAGAAGUUUUGCGAACUGAUUGACAGUAAGACAAUAGAAAAAUUGUCGAAGUUCGAGAUCAAGUACCCCAGGUCUUCAUCACAAGAAAGGUCAUUUAAAACUUCACUGGCGGGCUUCCCUGGUGGCGCAGUGGUUGGGAGUCUGCCUGCGGAUGCAGGGGACACGGGUUCGUGGCCCGGUCUGGGAAGAUCCCACAUGCCACGGAGUGGCUGGGCCCGUGAGCCAUGGCCGCUGAGCCUGCGCGUCUGGAGCCUGUGCUCUGCAAACUUCACUGGCAUCAAGUAAUUCCUAAAACAUGCUUUAAAAAUAUAGACAGACAGGUAGUAGGUAGGUAGGUAGAUAUUUAUCUAUAUAAAUAUUAGAAAAAUUCUAAAAUUUUUUUUCAUAAUCCCCAAUUUUAAAAUGUAUAUAAUGAGAAUUGAAACAUUUCUACUAUUUCACCCAUCUAAUCUCAUCUCCCAAGGAUAACUUGACUAACAGUUUGGUACGUAACCUUCUCAAAGUUCACAUACUCAUACCCAUUUCCUUAUUUAUUAUUUUAACCAAAAAAAAAGGAAGAAGCUAUACCAGCUCUGUCCAAUAGAAUUUUCUGCAAUGAUGACAAUGUUCUAUCAUACAUGUCCACCAGCCAUAUAUGGCUACUGGGCACUUGAAAUGUGGCUAAUGUGACUGAAGACUGAAUUUUUAAUUUUAAGUAAUUUAAAUAGCUAUAGGUAGGUAGUGGCCACCAUAAUGGACAGCACAGUGUUAUACAUUUUGGAUUUUUUACUUAGAGUAUCAUGGACAUUUCUUUUUUGUUUAAUUUUAUAAAUUUUGAAAUCAUCUCACAGAAAAGUUGCAGUUACAAUACAAAAAAGCCAUUUGAGAGUAAGUUGGGACCGGAUGCAUCAGCACAUCCAAAUAAUUUAGUGUUUAUUUCCUCAAACAAGGACAUUCUCUUAUGUAACCACAACCAUCAAAAUCAGGAAAUUAUCACUGACACAUUACAGCCAUCGAAUCCUCAGGGCCCAUCCACAUGUUGCCAGUUGUCCCAAUAACAUCCUUUAUAGCAAAGGAUCCAGUUCACGAUCGUGCAGUACACUUAGUUGGCAUGCCUCUUUGGUUUCCUUCUAUCGGAUAUAGUUCUCAACCUUUCUUUGACAUUCAUGACCUUGAUACUUUUGAAGAUUAUAGACCAGUUAUUUUGUAGAGUGUUCUUUCUACAAGAAAGGGCCUGUUUGAUGU